AUGGACUCAUCUCCAUUUGGGCUCCUUUCCCUAUUCAUUAAGGAGUUGCAGCUGCAUCGAAGCUAUGUUCGUGAUGCUGUUAAGGGGUUGAAGGAAGGAGUUGAAGAUUUUGAUCCCCUUGUCAUUACUCAAGCUUCGUCCCAAAGUCUAAUGUCAGUGGAAUCCUCGUCAGUUGAUGGUAUUGUCUCUCUUUGUAACUCGCUUGACUUUCCUAGCGAACAGUUACUUGCUGACAUCUCAAGAAUUCUAAAACCUGGUGGAACUAUCCUUCUUUAUUCGACCCGUGAAACUUCUCAGGGGCAAACGGUCAAUUCUUCCCAUGAGCGUAAGUUGCUGCUGGCUGGUUUUCUAGACCUGAAAUCCUCUAUGGUGGUGUCGGGAAAGAAGCCCACAUGGGAGAUUGGUUCAUCUUUUUCCAUUAAGAAAAGCUCACAAGUGUUACCCAAAGUUCAGAUUGACGAUGAUGUGGACUUGAUUGAUGAGGACAGCCUCUUGACAGAAGAGGACCUCAAGAAACCCCAAUUACCACCUGUGGGUGAUUGUGAAGUUGGGAGCACAAGGAAAGCUUGCAAAAAUUGUACUUGUGGACGAGCCGAAGCAGAGCAAAAAGUGGAGAAGCUUGGACUUACAAUGGAUCAGCUGGAUAAUCCUCAAUCUGCUUGUGGAAAUUGUGGUCUUGGUGAUGCUUUUCGGUGCGGUACAUGUCCCUAUAAGGGCCUUCCUCCAUUUAAGCUAGGCGAAAAGGUUGCUCUAUCAGGGAACUUCCUUGCAGCCGACAUUUAA